ACACAAGACACGGAAGAAGGAAGCAGCGCAUCGGAGCCACCGCUCGCAGCCGUAGGAACAGCCAAUACACGACGAUCACAAUGAGUUCCUCCUCCUCAGCUCUCCGAGAUCUUCAGCGCGACCUCGAAAACAAAGCUAACGAUCUCAGCAAGCUCCAAAAAGAUAUUGCGAAGAAUCACCAAGUGAGGAAGAAGUACACCAUCCAGCUCGGCGAGAACGAGCUCGUCCUUAAGGAGUUGAAUUUGUUGAACGAGGGUGCGAAUGUGUAUAAAUUGAUCGGUCCGGUGCUUGUGAAGCAAGAUUUGGCGGAGGCUAAUGCGAAUGUGCGCAAGAGAAUUGAAUACAUCUCCGCUGAACUGAAGAGACUUGAUUCUACACUUCAAGAUUUGGAAGGGAAACAGAACAGCAAGAAAGAGGGGAUUUUAAAACUGCAGCAGAGGAUACAAUCUCUACAGGCUGGAAAAGCAAAGGCAUAAAUUUCCUUUAUAGGUUUAUUCAACUAGUUGAUUACAACAUUUUGGUUUUCCUUUUAUGAAGCCUUCGAUCUCCUAUAGAGUUUUCCUACCUGGUUUCUUUUUGAAGGUUCGAAGUCAUUAUGAGAUGCUAUGUUAUGCAAUGUAACAUGUUCGUGUUUCUGUCUGGAGGCUUUGACCCGUCGUUCUUCUUUUUUUCCUUUCACUUCACCAAUCAUUCUGGUUUCUGUGUGACAGCAUUGAAACUAAUAUACAGCCAUAUCCCAUUGAUGGGGCAAAAAUCUAAUUUUUUCCAACCUUAUUUGUUACCAAAACAAAGUGUGCACAAGCCUUUACGGUAGGCUAUUCAAUGCAGUUGUCCUUUCCAUGUGUCUCAAGGUUGGCAGAUUAGGGGGAUGAUUUCUAUUCCAAGUUUCUAACAGACUCCUCUAAGAUGCACGACCAAUCCAAAUAAUGGUGCUACAUUGUUGAACGGAUGUAGAGAAGAUCCUUAUCUUCUAAAACAAACAAUCGAAAAUUAAAUGCCUCUAACCCAUCUUAAAUUAUUAUUAUUAUUUUUUGUGUUCACUCAGGUUGAAUUCCAAUCCAGUUGGAAAGGGGAAUAUGCCAUUGAAUUUCGUCUUGGGUGCUUUAAAAUUUGAGCAAAGUCUCACGUGGUACCAUCAUCGUCACCAUCAUAUAAUCUUUUGAAAACUGCUACCUCUCUUUGGAUUGUUGCGGUUGGGCUUGCAAAAUUCCAUUGCCACAAACCCUUAAAACUCCAUCCCCACAAAUGACAUUGCCUGAUACAACGACGCAUUUUCUUGGUUCAGAGCAGGGUUGAUGGCUUCCACCUGCUGUCCGGCAGCCCAAAAAUGGGAAAGUCCGUACAUUUUCAUGAAGAAAAAGCCUUACUAAACAAACGCGUAUUCUCCCUUGUGCUUUGAGGAGCACUAAGAAAGUUUCUGGCGCUGAUCAAAAUGCCAAUAAUGGUGCCAAGAUUUG